UCGUCGACGCUCUCCUCUCCUCUCCACUCCCCCCUCCUCUCCUCCCAUCGCUCCUUUCACGCCCCUCGGCCUGCUGGAGCUGCAGAGGGAAAAGAAGCGGAGGGAUGAGUGGAGUUCAAAUUUGUUUUCGCGGAGAUUCACGGUGAAAUUCUCUCGCUGCCUCAGGACGCAAAUGUGAGGAGAGGCGCGGGAUGAGCAGGAGCCUCUCGUGGAGAGAAGAAAACGAGCGCGCGCCUGGAAGACCGGAGCAGCUCUGCGGACUGACAGCCAGUUAACCGGCCGCCCGGAAAACACCUCACACUGGGGUUUGUAGGAGAAUCACUACAGGAGCAGCAGUGUACGCGCGGUAAGGAUACACGUCCACUGAUAAGUGGGAGUCAGUUUCAGCCACCAUGGAGCUUCUCUCGCCAUUCCUCUGACCUCGUGACACUCAGGAGCCAAUCACAACACGGUACAGGCGCUUUCUGCUCUAUAACAGCCGCGAACGCAGACAAAGCGAGCGGAGAGGAGCGAGAGGAGAGCCGAGCGCGAGUGGAGGGAGGAGAGGAGGAGGAGGAGGAGGAGGAGGAGGGAGAAGAUGGAGGGAACGCUGCUGGCCCUGCAGCGCAACCCUGGCCUCUCCGUGCUCUUCUUCUCUCUCGUGUUCAGGGUGGUCCAUCGCCUCCUGCGCUGUCUGCCCGCCCCCAAAGCGGUGCAGCUGGAUGAGGUUCGCUGCUGGAAGUGGAGGAACCUGUGCGUGUCUCUGGUGCACGCGCUCCUCACUGGCCCCUGGGCUGUCACCUGUGUGUGUCUGUGGCCAGAGACACUGAAUAACGUCCAUUCUUACUACACACCAGUAUCCUACCUGCUCAUUUGUGUCUCAUCAGGGUACUUUGUUCAAGACACUGGAGACAUUCUAUUCUCUGGCCAUGCCAAAGGAUCCUGGGAGUUCCUGCUCCAUCAUUUCUUGGUGCUGUGGUGCUUCCUGUACUCCCUUUACACCCAGCGCAAUGUGGCGGGGAUGGUGAUAUCCCUGGUUGUGGAGAUCAACAGCGUGACGCUCCACACGCGGCUGUUGCUGAAGCUGGCCGGAGCUCAGUCCUCGCAGCUCUACCACACUAACAAACUCCUCAACCUCUUCACAUACGUCACCUUCCGCCUCGGCGCCCAGUUCUACGUCACCUGGUACCUCUUGAACAACUACUCCUGGCUGGACCACAGCAACUACUUCCUGCUCACCGUGCUCCUCCUGAACACCAUGAUCCUCAUCUACUUCUACCGGCUGCUGAGAGCUGACUUCUUCCCCCGUAGGAAGCUCCACCUCGAGCAGAACGGCACUCUCAGCAGCAGCUCCUCUACGUUCCUCAAUGACUGACCAUCCCUCCAAGGUCUGAUGAGGACUGCUGACAGCAUUACCUUCUAUCCUCACGGUGUACUCGGUUUGGUUUAACCCAUUCAGCUGGGAUGUGUGCGUUUACCUCAAGGAAAUCUCUAACUGCCCAAGAUCCUUCUUCUCACCAACUCCAGUGUUUGUGUGGUCAUAGUUAAUGUGUAAUGUGUUGUGAAUAAGCUGUUUUGCCUUCAGUGUUGGGCCUUAUGGACUGAUUUCUUGGUUGUAAAUAAAGCGAGCAAUAAUGUAGCAUUCAAAUUCAAAUGCUCCUAAGAUGAUCUUUUAUAUCAUAGAUAGCGUUCUCUUUGAUUCUUAACCUUGCCUGUCUUCGCUAUGUUUGGUUUCCUGUUUGAAUGUUUUGGGUCAUCAAGUGAGAUAGUUUAUGUUAUACUGCUCUCAGUUGGCCACCAUGACCUCUCCCUGAAAACCACCCAAAUGAACACUGUAAAGCUUUAAAUUUAAUGUCAUGUAUGAGGUAUACAAACUGGUUUGACUGAAUUACCAAGCAAAAAAAAGGCUUCAUGUGUCAGACUGCUAAGGUUACUGGACAGCUGUGGUCCAUUUGUGUUUUUGACCAUUUUCAUUCAGGCACAGUGACAUGCUGGCAGAUCCUUGGGUUCGCAAAGAAGAGGAUGAUCUGUGAAACCACCAGCUUAUUUUCACAUUUCCCAUAUAGAUGAGCAGUACUGCCAACUUAAUACAGUGUCAUAGUACAUCAGCGCUUUAUUUUUACACCGCCGUUUUCUUUUGGUGGAACGUUUGACAGUUUAUUUUCUGUUUUUUGGUAACAUUAAUAUGAGUAAACUUUGUGAUAAAUUCAGGUCAGUGUUAAAAAUGUUUUAAAAUGCAUUUCUUUGUAUUAAAAUGGGAAAGCAUGCAGAUACUAGGGGCAAACGUGGGAAAAUGCCCACCUUAAGAACAGUGUUCAUUUACUGUAAGGCUAAACCAUACCUGUGCAUGAGCUGACGAUGAUAAAGAUGAUGAUGAUGAUGAUGAUGCAUAAACCUAUGAUCAGUUAGAGGAACAGAAGUUAAUGCUGAUUUUAUAGCACAGAAAAAAAAAAAAACAAACAUUUAAAAGAUUAUCUGGGGUUAAAAGCCCCCCAGGUGUAUCAUGCAUCAUCUGUCAUCUACAGAAUGUAUAAUUUAUAUGUCCAGUCAUUUCUAGUCAUUUCUAGCAUUUUUCAAAAAUUGUGUUGUCUUAAUGAUUCCCCUUGAUUUUAAUAAACUAUGACAAAAGUCAAAUGACAGUAA